AGAAUAGAAUAGGAGAGUACGGGUUGGUACCUGUAGAAUUUACACCCCCGGAAUCCAAGGCUUGCCAGGUGAUAAGAGAUAUGACAGCUGUCGGUACUCUACGUUCGGCGAUCAAUUGAGAACCCUCAUCUUACAACUCCCUCAUGCUUUGCUCCCACCCACCUGCGUCAUUUCAUAUUCCCAUAAAAAGCAAUGGCGCCCUCACCCCUGCCCGAAUAUAUUUACAAAAUUGUACCUUCGGCACCUCCAACUCCAAUACCGGCUCAGUAUCCUCUGUCGGAACUAGAUCAGAAAGAUGGGUUUGUUCAUUUGAGUAUUGGCACCCAGAUUCCCAUCACCGCGGACCUAUUCUUCAAGGAUGCCACCACCAUCUGGGUGCUCAAGAUCCGGUUUGCCUCUAAGUUCCAUUCCACUACGACGUGGGAGAUCCAGGGAUGUCCACAUCUGUACGGGAACUUCGGAUCUGAGGAUGUUGUGGGCGUUAAGGAGUUGUCGCGAUUGGACGGACAGACCUGGAAGGAGGCGUUGAAGACCGAAAGUGGCUGGCUGGUUUAGAGCCCCUCUUUGCGAUGGUUGGUUCUGUAUGGCUCUUCAACAUAUAUACGUUUAUGUUGAUCUUGUCGUUUACGGUAUGAUAUUCGAGGUUUUCAGCUCCUAGCAUAUUUCCUCUAUUUAGCUGCAUUUAACAUGCUUCGCGGACUAGAUUUUUUUUCUAGACAAAAAAAUGAAAUCAAAGUAAAAGAAAAUCCCGUCCCGGAGCCUUUGCAGUGACUAACCGGAGCGAAAAUAAAUUCCUGAA